AUGGAGAGAACAAUAUUUAAAGCGUCUCCAGCCGGGGCCUUUGUCGCAAGGGCCUGUCUCGGGGACCCAAGCUCCAAGCAUCUCAUCCCCGCUGUGCGACCUUGGACAAGUCCCUUCCUCCUGCAGGAACGCUGCAGUGGGCUUAAGUGCCUUCUUCCGGAAUUGCAACCUGGCCGGCCAACGGUCGUAAAAAACACUCGUCUUUCAACGUUUCGCACCUCGACGCCUAGCGCGUGGAGCGCCGGAGGGAGAGCACUACAGGGGUCGCAACGCCGGAACGUGCAGAACCCGCCCGCGCCCCAGCUCUCGCGAGAUCUCCUCCCAGCGCCGCGCGACGUCAUCCCCUCGGCGGCAGUCGCGGCCGCAGCGACCGCGCGUAGGUACCACAGGGGCGGCCCGUAUCCCUCCGCCGUCGGCGCGGCUCGGCCCUCCCUUCCCGGCCCGCCAAUCCCUGCGUCUCCCGACCUGCUCCUCGGCCGGGGCCCACCCCGUGCUCCCGCGGCCCCACCCCGGCGGCGCCGCCCGCCCGCGCGUCCCUCUGUCCACCUGCAGCGGGCAGGCAGGCAAGCAGGCAGGCAGACAGGCAGACAGGCAGGCAGGCAGGC